AUGUCAAACCAGGGUUUAAUGCCCUUCACAUUCCUUGCACCAAACCAGGAUGCAACCACUGCUCGUCCAUGCGAUUCAGAAGGGAACUUCCUUCCUCCUGGAACUCCACCUCCACUGUUGUCAGAUAAAACAUCCAAUGACUGGACUCCCUAUGCUGAUCGGUUAGAGUUUGAGCUUGCCAACUAUAUCUUUACCAAGAAUCAGACACCUGUGGUGCAGAUCAACCACCUUCUUGAUAUCUGGGCAGAUUCGCUAAUCCAAGGUGGCGCUAAUACUGAUGCGCUAUUCACAGACCACUGUGAUGUCUACAAGCCCAUUGACAGUACUCAUUUGGGUGAUGUGCAAUGGCAGUUGUGCUUGCUCAAAUACACUGGGGAGCAUGCAGUUGAUGACGCCGCACCCUGGAUGGAAGAUAGCUAUGAUGUUUGGUUCUGCAAUCCUCAUGAUGUUGUUCAGAAUAUGCUUGCCAACCCUGAUUAUACCCUGGAGAUGGAUCUGCAGCCUUACUGUGAGUUCAUGACUAAAACUGACGAGCGCCAAUGGCAAGACUUUAUGUCUGGCGACUGGGCUUGGAAUCAAGCGGACCAAAUUUCUGAUGAUCUGGACACUCAUGGCUUGACAUUUGUGCCUGUGAUUCUUGGCAGCAACAAAACCACAGUAUCAGUUGCAACUGGCCAGAAUGACUAUUACCCACUGUACAUGUCAAUCAGAAAUGUUCACAACAAUGUGUGCUGUGCUCACUGUAAGGUGGUUGCUGUAAUUGGAUUUCUAGCAAUGCUGAAGAGAACUAAACAACACACUAAGACCACAAAUUUCCACAAUUUCCUUGCACGCUUUGGUGAUGGUCAUUAUCGCCAUGUUAUCUAUGGACUUGGCCCAUAUAUUGCUGACUAUGAAGAACAAGUAUCACUCAUGGUCCAGGGUAAAUGUCUUUUGUAUCACAAGAGUCUUGACGGUGAUAGUCUCCGACGCUCAAAAACACAUACUGAGGCACUAAUUGAAGAGUGUGACCAUUUGGCACUUUGGGAUGAGUUCGGAAUUGUCGCCCAACUUGUGUCGUUUACAAAUGACUUUCCCCGCGCCAAUAUACAUGAACUCAUUGCACCAGAUCUCCUCCACCAAAUAAUAAAGGGCAUCUUCAAGGAUCACUUGGUGGUCUGGGUUGAAAAAUAUCUCGUGCAGACACACGGAAAAACACAGGCUGAUGUUAUUCUGGAUGACAUUGAUAGAAGAUUUUUGGGCUCACGGGAUGCUUAA